AUGGGUAGUUUCAAUAAGCAAGUGGAUAGUCCGGUUAUGACAGGCGAAUCGUCGUUUACGCUGAGCAAUCAGUCUAUCGAACAGUCUCGUUCUACGAUAAACGCAAACUUGUCAUUUUUGGCGGAUUUGGAUAUGUUAGAGCUGAAAAACUUUGACAACGAUUUUACAUUCAUCCAGACCAUCGGUAUCGCUGACUUGGCUGCCAAUCCACGAACAGUGAAAACGUAUCCGGAGUUUUAUAACUUCAUUACUACCCACAAUCCGAGCUGUUAUGAUCCAUCAAGUUUCGACGGAUAUGUCAUGGAAGAAACUUUGGAGGCGCCUUCGGUUGAGAAGUAUCGCAAACUUUUCAACGAAAUGUUGCAUUUGAUGUACUUUAACUGUCAUCUGGAAUGUCAACAGCUCAAAAGGUCGACGGACGAUGGUAGUGAAAUGCAGAAAGAAUUCCGUGGAGUGUACCCGUAUAAAUCAAAAGUAUACAAGGACACUCUGGAGGGAUGCGAUGAACCCGAAAAAGUGUACGGCACUGACAAGCUGAAACGUUUGCAGAAAAUUAAUUCGAAAUCGAAUGUCUUCUGGAGCAAAAAGAUCAGUCGACGCCGUACGGCAUCAGGACGAAAACUUACAAAAGUACUCAAGAAGAAAUUUCUGAAGAAUAAUCGGAAGACAACAACUUCCGAUGUCGUUGGCACUCCAACUGUCGUGAAAAACUCAAUGCAAUCGGCAACACCUAGAAAUUAUCAGGAGGAUGGUCACUUCGAGAAUUUGCAAGUUGAAAGCAUCAACAAAGAAAACACUCCAGUUGCUGACGUAACUCACUCACGAAAAGCAGCUCCAUCCAGAAGUUUUACUCUUCCAAAGCUCACAUACGCACCCUACAAAAAGAAUCCCACGAGAAGACUCAUCAUUGAGCUUUGUCAAAUCUCCGCUGACACGCCCAGCAAGCAAAUCGCCACGGGAUUAUCGAACCUCUCUGUUUCGCCACUUCUUCCAAUUAACGAGGAGAUCAAUCAUUCAGUUUUCUCCGUCUACAAUACUUAUGAGCGUUCACCAUUUGCUCUGGUUUCUCAACCCAACAGUAGCCGUAGUGGAACCAACAGCACAACCGAGAACUCUGCCAACGAGCGUCGCCAACGUUAUGCUGAGGUUGCUCGAACACUUUCCACAUUGAAUACCGUUCACGAAGGAUAUUCUCCUGAUAGUGACAGCUUUGAAUCUCAUCAGUAG